AUGGCCGCCGCAACUGACAAGGCUCGGUUCUUCCUGGAGAAGUCCAUUCCCGAGCUUAAGGAAUAUGAGCGCAAGGGGAUUUUUACCAAGGAUGAAAUUUCCUCAAUCGUCAAAAAGCGAUCCGACUUUGAGCACAAAAUCAACGCCCGUGGAGCGCAAGCGGGAGACUUUGUGCGCUAUGCGGAAUAUGAAAUGAACCUGGACAUUCUGCGCAAAAAGCGGGUGAAGCGACUGGGGAUUCGGUCGGCGGGUUUCAAUGGCCAGCGACGCAUUUUCUUCGUUCUCGACCGGGCCGUUCGCAAGUUCCACGGUGACCUCAGCCUCUGGGUGCAGUACAUCGAAUAUGCCCGGAAGCAAAAGGCUCACAAGAAGCUGUCCAUGAUUUUCACCGAUGCGUUGCGCCUACACCCCACGAGCGCCGAUUUAUGGGUUUACGCCGCAAAACACGUUCUGGACGACCACGGAGAUAUGACACAAGCGCGGAGCUACAUGCAGCGCGGUGUGCGGUUCUGCAAGAGCUCACGAACGAUUUGGACUCAGUACGCGAAGCUGGAAUUGAUCUACGUUGCGAAGCUUGUCGCUCGUCAAAAGAUCCUGGGUCUCGACGAAGAGAGCCAGAAGCCCAAGGCAGAGCAGGCCAGUCUUGGUGACCACGACGCGGAUAUGAUUGCACUCCCAUCGCUUACGGAGGAGGAUAUCAACCCGACCACCGAAGACAAAGCGGAGGUGGACCAGGUUGCACUGCAAACCCUCAACUCUACUCCAGCCCUGAGCGGUGCGAUUCCACUCACCAUCUUCGACACUGCGUCGAAGAACUUCGACCACGAUGAUCGGUUUGGCCAGGAAUUCUACGACAUGGUCUGGGAGUUCACGGAUGCGCCUUGCCAACACAAGCUCCUGGAGCAUGUUCUCGAGACCAUGCGGGCGAACAAGCCUUCCAGCCCCCGCACCCAGAUCUGCUAUAUCAAGUUCCCGACCGCGGGCAUUCCCGUCACUUCCGCCGAAUUCCCACGGGCGCUCGGUAGCUCCCUUGCUCGUCUCCGUGAAUACCCUCUGGGUAAGGAGCUUGCCCUCCAGGUCGUCGGAUGGCUCCAGCCUCUCCAGGCGACUAAAGACCUGGACCCGUCCUUGAAGCAGGUUCUUGCCGCUACCGUCGUCAAGGCGGAGCGCAUGGCACAAGAGUAG